AUGAAGUUUUUAGACAUUAUCAGACUGGAAGAACUAAACUUACAAACGUUUUCAUGGAUAGACAUGGUUAAUUUUAAAAUGCAAUUGAUUGAAUUUCAAAGUAGCUCAAUUUGGAAGCAAACAUUUAUUGACCUCAGAGCUGACUUAGAAAAUAUUGAAAAAAGAAAAACACAAUCAGAGACAGGGGUACCAGAAAGGAGUGCAGAAAAUGAAUUGUUAAGGACUAGGAAUGCCAUUCCAGAAAAUUUUUCCAGUAGAAAAAACUUUGCAACAGUACUAAUAUCCAUGUUUUCAUCAACAUAUGCCUGUGAAUCUUUGUUCUCAGUAAUAAACUUUGUUAAGUCUUCUAAUAGGAGUAACCUGAUGGAUGAAACUAGUAGUGCAUGCAUAUCUCUGAAAGUUAUGAAAUAUAAACCCAAUAUAAAAUCUCUGUCAUCAGUGAUGCAGCAGCAGAAGUCUCACUGA